GGGGGGCGGCCGGGCAGUGCUGGCCCGCCGGGAGCCGCGCCGGGAGCCCCGAGCGCCGGGCCGGGCCCCUCUGAGUUGGUCUGGUCCCUCGUUCUAGUGUGGAAAUUCAUCAUUUGAAGUUAUGUGCUUGGCCUGGAAGAACUGCACUGCUGGCACCUCGGGGACCCUGUGAUCUGGAACGGGAGAGGAGCCCGCCGGCAGGUGGAAUGGGGCAGCCAUGAACGGUGAUGCCCUGUGCCAGGAGCCCUCCUCCCCGCUCCCCGACUGGAGGGAGUUCUGCGAGCUGCACGCCCAGGCGGCCGCCGUCGACUUCGCCCAGAAGUUCUGCCAGUUCCUGAAGGAGAACCCCCACUACGACACCCCCGGGGCAGAGACCUCCUUCUCCCACCAUUUCGCCACCAACUUCUUGGACAUCUUCAGCCUGGAGGUCAGCCGGGUGUUCGUGUCCGACUCCCCCACCAAGUAUAACAUCGUGCCCUUCGUGGGGCUGCAGAACUGCCACGUCCCCUACGGGCGUGAGGUCACCCCAAGGAAAGAGGAGACAUCCACCGAGUCCCUGGACAGCAUGGACACCCCGUUGGGUGCCGGGCGGUACCUGAGCCCGGCGCAGCAGGCGCAGGCACGCAAGGUCUCCUCCUACGGCCAGUCCCGCAGCUCGGAGGACGUCUCCAUCCAUGCUGCCACCAAGCCCAAGUUCAAGAAAGGCUUCUCCUUGAGGAACAUGAGUUUGUGUGUGGUGGAUGGUAUGAAGGAGAUGUGGCACCGCAAGUCCUCUCCAGAGCCGGGCGCUGAGGCUGCCUCGGGCGGCCGGAGAGCUGAGAGGGAGCCGUGGCCGGCCGGGGGCAAGGAGCCCGGCGACCCACGGGAGAAAUGGACUCACAAGCUGCGCCUGUCCAAGGUGCCCUCCUCCAAAGUGGAGCUGGUGGACAUCCAGAGGGAGGGGACGCUGCGCUACAUGGUGGCCGACGACACGAACUGUGUGGGGAGCUCACAGUGGCAGAAGUGCCGCCUCCUGCUCCGGAAAGCGGUGAAGGUGGAAGGAGAGAGGUUCCUUCUCGAGUUUUAUGUCCCUCCAAAGGCUUCCAAACCCAAGGUGAGCAUCCCGCUGUCGGCCAUCAUCGAGGUCCGCACCACCAUGCCCUUGGAAAUGCCUGACAAAGACAACACCUUUGUCCUAAAGGUGGAGAACGGGGCCGAGUACAUCCUGGAGACCAUCGACUCCCUGCAGAAGCACUCCUGGGUGGCAGAUAUCCAGGACUGCAUCGACCCCGGGGACAGCGGGGACGACAUCGAGCUGGCGUCCUGCGGGCAGGGAGCCUGUCUGCCGGGCAGGGUGUCCUCCUGCAGCUGCGAGUUCCUGGCUGAUGAUGUGCCCAGGCCACCGGACAGAUGUGCCCUGCCCAGCACUCACAACACCACCGUGGCCUCCACCGUCCCCGUGCCCCACAGCAGGGGCAGGGACUCCCUGGGGGAGCUCCUCACCCACGUCCCACUGGAGAGCUUCCUGCAGACGCUGGAGUCCUCCCCUGCCGCUGGUGGGCAUCUCGCAGGGGAGGAUAGCGAGGCGGAGGCAGAGAUCAACCUCUCCGACUUCCCCUGGUUCCACGGGACUCUCUCGCGGAUCAAGGCGGCUCAGCUGGUGCUCUUCGGGGGUGCCCGGAGCCACGGCUUGUUCGUCAUCCGGCAGAGCGAAACGCGGCCAGGGGAGUACGUGCUGACCUUCAACUUCCAGGGGAAAGCAAAGCACCUCCGCCUGUCGCUGAACGAGAGCGGGCAGUGCCACGUGCAGCACCUCUGGUUCCAGACCAUCUUCGACAUGCUGCGCCACUUCCACACGCACCCCAUCCCGCUCGAGUCGGGCGGCGCGGCCGACAUCACCCUCCGCAGCUACGUCGUGGCCCAGAGCCCGCUGCCCGACACCGGCCCCCCGCCAGCCCCCGUGUCGCAGCCACCAGGCUGCCGUGUCGACCUGCCGCCUCCGCACUACUUCUGCAGCACAGCACCCACCAGCCUGCCGGCCCCGCCGCCCGCCGAGGGGGUGGCUGUGGCCCCCGCUGCCACCGUCCCUGCACCCUACCACCGCCUGGAGGGUGCCCUGGUCCCCCGCAGCCGCAGCGACAGCACGGAGCGCCGGCCGGAGCCCCCCGCCGCCAGUGCCGAGGACUACCACGAGGCUGACGGUGCCCGGAGCCGGACCCGGGCAGUGGAAAACCAAUAUUCCUUCUACUGAGCCCCCCCGUGCCCAGGGGCUGGAUGGUGGGGGGAUGCAGGGCACCCCUCACCGCUGCACCAGCCUCUCCACCUCCUCCUGCCGCCACCAGCAACCCAGCCGGGAUGUCCUUUUUGCUCCCUGCCACUUCCAGGAGCCGUGCCAGUGGCAGGCAAUGUCCCAGUUGGACCCAGUGCCAGCCCCGAGGUUGGGGCAGUGCUGGGGGUUUGGGGGGGCUGAAAGCAUCAGUGCCAUUUUGGAGCUUGCGGCCUCUUCUCUUUCCCUCUGGACCAAGAGCUCUCCCGGGGCCAAGCCGCGCUCCCUGCAUCUCCUCCCUGGGGACGCCCAUCGUGGGAUGGCAGCCCGAAGCUGUGACAGGCUCCAUCCUCCAGCCAAAGCACCUCAGCACGUCCCCUCUGAAGCGAGAGCCCAGCGUGGCCAACAGCCCUUCUGGCACCGUGGUGCCGCAAACCAGCCGCUGAGGGGCCCGGGCAUUUCGGGAUGGCCACAGAAAUAGCAGAUCCUCACACAGGGGCUUUUCUCACACACACGGAUCCGUGCACCCAAGAGGACACUGCUGCAGAGGCCUGAGGGUUUAUCUAGGCUGGCUUUCAGGCUCCCUCUGGGGAGCGCACUUCCUAGAAAGUUUUUUUCCCAAAGCUUAAUGAAUCGCAUUCAAGGAAGGGUUUUUUCCUGCUGUCCUGCCAUUUCUGUUCCUUUGUCCUUUCUCUCCUUGCUGUACCUACAGACAGUCUCUGGAUAACCCCUUUCAUCCUCCCUUCCUUGCUUUUUCAAAACCUAAGCUCUCUGCAUGGGCAUCGGCUCAGCCUUCUGCCUUCUCUCUGCCGCAGCCAGGCAAUAUUUUCCAUUGCUCAAGGCAAACCUUGAAAAAGAUGACAACACCCCCGCUUUGCAUCAGUUAGUUAUUCAGGAUGUCUCAGGGGGAGUCAGAGAGAGGCCAGGGGCUGUGUCCAGAGGUGAGGGGCAGCCUUGCCCUGCAGGUGCUUGGCUGGGCUCCCAGGAAUGGAAACACUAAACAUCUUCAGUGGGUACUAUUGACGGAUAUUUUUUUCCCUGUGAGAAAUAGAAAUGCCCAGAAAGAGCAGAAGGAAUGGGGCUGCUGCCAGGUGGGUGAACAGCCAGCUGCCGUAGAGGGGCCAGGCCAGGCUGACUGCAGCGACGGGCGGAAUUGCCCUCGCCGAUGGCUGAAGUCCCUCCCCAGCAAAUGUAAAACCCUGCCAGCGACGGCUGUAGCAGCCCUGCUGCCGGGAAGGACCGGGCGCUGCAGCGGUCCCCGCUGCUUGGUGGCUUUCUGAUAGAUGCAUGUGCAGCCACGUGCAUCUAUAGCAGAAAAAGGAGGUCCCCCGGUAGAGAUGAGCCCUGGAAGAGAGUGUAGAGCAGCAACCCGCUGUGGCCAGGUAUGCAUGAUGUUGUCAAUGCUUUUCCAGCAGGUCACCAAAGCCCUUCGGCUGGUUUUACAGGCCAGGCUGCUUACGGGGACUGUGUGCCGCACGUGGGGUGGGAGGCCCCCCGAGAGGGCAGCUUUGCUUGCAGACAAAGUGCUCGCAUGUCCCUCUUGGUUUGCCUCACCCAGCUUUUCUUCCCCAUCACCAGGACUCCUGGCCCUUCGUGUGACUGCCAGGCCUGGGUGACAGUCUAGUAGGACCUUAAUGAGGUGACUUUGAAGUGUCUGGAUAGGUCUCCAGGUAGGGCAGACCCCACCGCGCCCAGCUAGAUGUUACCACCUAGUGCAAAGAGAGGUAUGAGCCAAGCCACAAGCUAUCUCAAAACCCCUUGAAUUUGCCUGGAGUUUUGGGUUGGGUACAAAUUUAUUUUUUUAAGGUGCCUUCUUUCCUGAGCUAGCAAAGCCUGUCCCCAGCCCUGGAGUCACGUGUCUCUCCCACUUCAAGAGGGCAGGGGAGGUGUCUCCAAGGCUUCUUGCCGCCUCCUGCUCUGUGAAAGCUGCCUUUCUGGCCCAUGAGUACAUGAGAGAAGGGCUGGUGGAUCUCAUUCCUGCAGCAAAUGCAGGAAUCUCCCCAAAUACGUGGCCCUUCAGACAGCAGCAGGAGCAGUUUGCUCAGGCAGGGGUAUUUCUCCUUCCUCAGCACAGCUAAAACCCAGCUCCCGCAGCUGGGAGAGGCCACAUGCUUUUGGGUGCUGGGUUUAAGAUGGACCUGCUUCCUUCACGCGGUGAAUGCGGGGGGACCUUCAGCUGCAACAGACACUGUCACUCUUGUUCUUCACAGAGGUCCCAAGGGGCCAGGUGGUUGUGGUGGGAGCUCUGCCUUACAGACCUUCAGGUGUUGGCUGAUAUUUCACCUUCUGCAUCACGGGAUAGGAAAAGGAGGGGGAAGCAAUGAUCUGCAAGCAAAAAUGUUAAUUUGUAAAUAGGGAAAAGUCUGGAAGAGUUUACUGUUCUGUAGAAUAAAUUAAUUUUAUUUAAAAAAAAAAAAAAGGACUUGUUAAACAAAUGGAGAACUCGAGUUCCAGUUUUAAAAUAAAAUCACUUGCAAAAAGGACAGCA